UUAUUUAUUUGAUUCAAAGUAAAAAAGAGAAUGUUCCAGUCUCUCCAUACAGCCACCGUCCGCGGUGGCGACGACGAAAACAUAGCCACAAAGACGGGGCUUCACGACGACUUGGAGCACUUCCAAACUGACAAGGCUUGCCAUGUAUAACAAGACCAGAAACAGGGGAUUGGCGUUUGUGACUAUGGCUUCACCAGAGGAGGCUCGUGUGGCUCUCAAUAGUCUCGAAUCGACUGAAUUGGACGGUCGUAUAAUAAAGAUGGCUUAUGCCAAGCCAGAAAAGAAGAAGAUUCCCCCUCCUAUGCCAUCCAAACACAUAACAUUUAAUUUGUAUGUGGAAAAUUUGUCAUACGAAGUAGGGGCUAAAGAUCUCAGGGAGUUUUUUACUUCAGACGGUACUGGUAUUGUUAAUGCAGAAGGGGUAUUUGAAGGUAAUCCUAGAAGGUCCGCUGGAUAUGCAUUUGUGAGCUUCAAGUCCAAGAAAGAGGCUGAGGCUGCCCUUGCUACUUUCCAUGGGAAGUUGUUUACCGGAAGAAAAAUUCGUGUGGCACGUAGUAAACAAUUUGUUAAAGUACCAACAGUUAAAGAACCAGCAGUAGAGAGUUCAGAGUCGGGUGAUAAUGCUACUGAACUGAGUUCUACUUCAGAGCAAGUGAUAGCAGAUGACAGUGAUAAGAAGUGAGCUUUGGGGGAAUGGAGCAUCUGCAUUUUCUUCACAUCGUGUUUUUUAAGGCCGAGGCUUGUAUGAACGCUCAGGCUUUGAGGAAGUUUGUGGAGGAGAAUCAGAGACUCGCGGCGGAGUGUGCGCAUCUGGUGAGUCAGUGCAACAAGUUGGAGAAGGAGUGCUCGCUCUAUGAUCAUGACUGAGAGGCUUUGAUGGAUUUCGGGAACGAGGCGGACCAGAGGACCAAGGAGGCUGAGUUUCGGGUCGUAGAGUUGGAGGAUGAACUGGGAGAAUUGAGGGAAGAAUUGAAGUUUUACAAGAAUGAAUACGAGAGGCUUUCGGGGAAGGUCGAUUUCAGUGACCAAGAAUCAGCAAGACAACCUCUCUCACCCUUGCGUUGUAACUCCCCUAACUCAAGACUGCAUAAAAAGCAAUAGGAAAACUUCCGAAAUAGUCUGAUGUAUAUGUCACCUCUCAUUUGUACCUUUUUAUGUACCCAUCAUAUGGGUUGGUUGGCAUAAGAUUGCAGAUUUUCAAAUGACUAACAAAAUUGUUUGUAACUUGUAAGAAUCAUUUGCCAAUUGUUUUUAGUGAAUGGCUGGAAUGCAUAGAUUUACAGUAUUAUGAACGAGUACAUUUUCUGUUG